AUGCAUGUUGUCUCCAGGGGACCUGACGGCCAAAAUACAGCCAGUGGUCUGAAACCAGGUAUACUGUCGGCCUUCCCGGCCGUGUGCAGCCCGGCCUGGUGGGCAGGCGCUGGGACUGGGACGUGGGUGCGGCGCAGCACUGUUCGGUCAGCCUGGCGCAGCGGCGUCCCCGGGGACAGCGGGGACAGUGCUGCUGGCACCACGAAGGGCAGUACCCGCCCUGAGCUUUGGCAGAGUGACAAGCAGUUCCUGGUAUGCAGCAUCUACCUCGAUCUACACCAUUGCCCUAAGGUUUUACCCUGCCUGCACACCUUCUAUGAGAGGUGCUUGCAGCUGCAGAGCUAUACGCCCGCGCAGAGUCUGACGUUGUCAUGUCCUGUAUGCCGCCCGACUUCCAUACUCCCCGAGCAGGGUGUUUCUGCUCUGCAGAAUAACUUCUUUUUCAGCAACCUGAUAGAAGUAAUGCAGAGGACCCCUGAUGGCGGCCGUGAUCCCACUGCCCCUCACCCACGCUUCGCUGUGGCUGGGCGUCCUCUCUCCUGUCCCAACCAUGAAAGCAAGACAAUGGGGUUCUGCUGUGAGUCAUGUGAGACAGCCGUGUGUGGGGAAUGUCGAGCCGGGGAACAUGGGGAGCGCACUGUACUGCUCUGGGAUGUGGUAGAGCAGCACAAGGCAGCCCUGCAGAGACAGCUGGACAACAGACGCAGCCGGUUGCCCUGACUGACAGCGGCCACUGCCUUGAUGGGAGAGAUCAGCCAGCAGCUGGUGGAUCAGAAGGCUCAAAUCAGUGGAGCCUUUGAGGAACUAGAGCAGGCUCUGCAGCAGCGCAAGGGGGCACUGUUCAAGGACCUGGAGGCCAUCUGUGGGGCUAAGCAGAAGGUGCUGCAGGCCCAGCUGGAGAAGCUUCGUCAGGACCAAGAUCAUAUUGGGAGCAACUGCAGCUUUGCGGAGCAGGCCCUGCAGUUAGGCUCAGAGACGGAAGUGCUGUUCUUGGGCAAGCAGAUGGUGGAGCGGCUGGUGGCGUUGGCCAGCCAAGCCUUUCCUGAGUGGCCUCAUGAGAAUGGGCAGCUGGAGCUUCUUCUAGAGGCGGAUGGCCUACACCACUCUAUUCUCAACUUGAGUGCACUCCUUACCGCUAGUGCCACAGGCCACAAGACAGUGGCUACAGGUGAGGGCCUUCACCAGGCGUUGGUGGGGCAGCCAGCCUCACUGACUGUCACCACCAAAGACAAGGACGGGCAGCUUGUGUGCACAGGUAGUGAGGAACUUCAGGCUGAGCUGACAGGCCCCGAUGGGGUUCACCUUGAAGCCCAUGUGCUGGAUCACAAAGAUGGCACUUAUGAGCUGGUCUACACAGCCCGAGCAGAGGGUGAACUUCCCCUCUCUGUACUACUGUGUGGGCAGCCUGUAUGGGGCAGCCCCUUCCGAGUGCAGGCCCUGCACCCUGGUGACUUACCUUCUCCGGAUCAUGUCAAGUGCCAGGUCAAGUCCGCUGGUGGUCCCGGUGGCCACGUGUGUCAGAAGGCUGUGUGCCCACCCAGCACCAUGUGUGGCACCAGAGGCAAGAGGAAGGACAACCCUAUUGAGGAUGAACUGGUCUUCCCCGUUGGCAGCCAUGGGCUAGAGAAGGGUGAAUUUACCAACUUAGAGAGUAUCUCAGCAGCCAGCAGUGGCCGUAUUGUAGUGGCUGACAGCAACAACCAGUGCAUCCAGGUAUUCUCUAAUGAAGGUCAGUUCAAACUCCGCUUAGGCAUAGGUGGGCCAGUCAUAUCAUGA